AUUCGAUAAUUAUUUCUCCAAGUAAAUAUCUCAAUCUCCGUUAUGCAUUCAAUCAAAAUCCACCUGUUUUGUUUCCGUCGUUAGUUUAAUUGUUGAAUGCAGCGCUUCAAUUCUGAAGGUUUAAUGUAAAAAUUUGGAAUUUCCUUUGUCUUUUUUUUUUGGCCCCGAGAAGGAAUCAAGUGGGAAACAUUGUCGUUUUGGCCGCGGGAAAGGUGAUCACAGGCUUCCGUUGGACGUCAGUUCAUGGGGGGACGCCGGCAAAGGCAGGAGAUUCAACAACGAGAAAGAGCUCACCUUGCUCAGCCCAUCCCCACUGUUAAUCCCGUCGAGUUAUACAACUCUGCUGUAAGAUCGGGUAAAUUGAGGAAAUUUGGCCUGAAGAAGUAUAAUCCUACAGAAACAAUAAGCCGCGAAACGGUACGUUCCUUAGUUGAUGUGUUAUCAAGGGAUGAUGUUACAGAGCUCCAGUUUCAUGCUGCCCUGGCUCUAGCAAUUAUUGCAUCUGGGACUUCUGAUCAUACUAAACUAGUGAUGGAUGAGGGUGCCGUGCCUGUUUUUAUAAAGCUCCUGGGUUCUCCUCGUGAUGAUAUUCGCCAGAUGGCUGUAUUUGCAUUGGGAAACAUUGCUGGUGACUCUUCAAGUGAUCGUGAUUCUGUUCUGAAAGAAAAGGCUUUGCUUCCGUUGCUAGAACAUUUGAAUGAGCGUCCAACACUUCCAAUGCUGAGAGAUACAGCAUUUACACUGUUAAACUUCUGCCGGGGAAAACCUGGACCUCCAUUCGAGCAGGUGCGCCAUGCCCUUCCCGCUCUUCAGCUACUUGUUCAUUUUAGUGACGAGGAUGUGUUAACAUAUGCAUGCUGGGCUCUGUCAUAUCUCUCUGACGGUACAACCAAGGAAAUCCAAGCUGUAAUUGAGGCGGGUGUCUGUCCACGACUUGUGGACUUACUUGCACAUCCAUCGCCUUCAGUGUUGAUUCCUGCACUUCGCACACUCAAGAAUAUUGGUAGAGGAGAUGAUUGUCAGAGACAGUGUAUAAUUGAACAUCGGGUGCUUCCUUCUUUGCGAAGUCUGUUGCUUCGUGGAUGUGAUGUAAGUAUCACAAAAGAAGCUUGCUUGACAGUCUCUGCUAUUACUGCUGGGGAUGAGAAGCAGAUUCAGGCAUUGAUUGAUGCUAAGUUGAUUGAACCGUUGGUGUCUCUGCUGAAAGAUGAGAAGUCUGAUGCAAAGAAAGAAGCUGGACAGGCUGUUUUAGAUUUUGUCUCUGGUGGAACUCGUAAUGGAAUCAAGCUUUUUGGUUUAAAGGGCUUUUUAAAGCCACUUUGUGAUCUUCUCAGUUGCUCUGAUUCAUGGAUUGUUAUCGUUUGUCUAAACGGGAUUGAAACCUUAUGUACGCCCCGUCAAAUGGAAACACGGGGUGGAGGCCUCAAUUUCUUUGCCCGGUUGAUUGUUGAAUCCAAAGGCUAUGAUAAGAUCAAGGGGUUGAUGAGCCAUCAGCACCCUGAAAUCAGUGAAAAAGCAAGCAUUAUAUGUGGCAUGUUAUCUAGUGAGGAAAAGAAAGUCAAGAAACUCAUUGAUGAUGGAGUCCUUGUUGAUGGAGACUUAUUUGUUUGA